AAAAUGUCAUUUCUCAUUUGCUUUUCCUGUCAGAAUUAAAAGUUAAAAAUUUUCGAUGCGUGCGUGCCCUUCAAAAGAAUUAACUUUGCAUUUAGACCCCUCCAUCUAUGGAUCAGAGUAAAAAUUUCCUGCAGAACGUGGCCAACAUCGCUGGCCAACUGAAUCUCAGUGAAUUGGAAAGAUCCGCCAUGGCCUACAAGCGACUGUGUCUGGAAUUGGAAUCGCUGAGCAAUCCGGCGACUCCAGCCGAAGAUUCUCCUUCUUCAUCUCCUCCGGCGGCUGCGGUCGCCACUCAGGGACUCCGAGCAAGUGCCUCGGAAUUUGUGCCCCAAGUGCCGCACGGCAGCGAACCAAUUCCGAACGACGUGGAGGAGGAAGAGGAUGAGUACUCUGCGGAUGAGGAUGGCUACGAUGUGGAGCGGACCAUGAGAGCUCCCAAGCCCGCAAUCUAUGGCUUGCGUUUCUAUAAUCACCAUUACGAGACCGAGGAUGUGAGCGAAAAUCACUUGGAGGCGGAAAGGAAGCGGAAGUUCGGUUAUAGAGCACCCAAGUUUCGGCCAAACCAACCGAAUGGGCGGUCAUUAAAGACGGAAACGGGAUCCAUUUCUUCGGCUAAGCCGCCCACCGAAUUGGCCAAAGGACAGCCGCAUUUCAAAGGACCCUAUAUGCCGCUGCUGCAGCACAGGAUUAACAAUGCCGAGGCCUACGGACUCAUCCGGGGUCCCAAUGAGAGAAACAGCCUGCUUUUGGAAGACAUGGUCAAGCAGUUGGCUCGCCUGGACAAAUGUCCCUUCAAUCUCAAUACGCUUUUCCGUGGAAAAGGUCCGCAGAACUCCCCAUCUUAG